AUGGGUCUGCAUACGAAGAUGUUUGGAGGGCCUCAACUGGCCUCGCUUCGGCCUACUGGUCUUACAACACCGUUCACUGCGAUUGCGUUCUCGCGAUACUUCUCUACUACAUCCCCCGCCCUCGAUUGGCUUACGCCCAAGUUUGCGGAAAAGUCUAAGUCGCCAAAAGGUCGCCCGCAUGUCGCUACAGGAGGUUCUACUCGGGGUACGACCGUUGUGUGGGGGGACUAUGGAUUGCGCAUGAAAGACCACGACCGCAGAGUACCGGCUUCACACCUUAAGAUCGCAGAAGAGACGAUCAAGCGGAGACUACGUGGGAUGGACUACAACCUGUACAAGCGUGUGAGCGCCAACAUCGGUGUCUACACCAAGGGUAACGAGCAGCGUAUGGGUAAGGGUAAAGGAAAGUUCGACUAUUGGACGGCAAAGGUUCCCGUGAGCCGGGUUGUUUUUGAGCUUAGUGGGAAGAUUCACGAGAAGGUUGCCAGGGAGGCAUUCCGUUUGGCAGGCCACAAGUUGCCCGGCCUCUGGGAAUUUGUCAGGAAGGGUGACCCGCCUGUGGUUGGCCUGACGAAACUCGGAAACGGUGUCACUUUGGAAAGCCUCAAGCGGCCACGCAGAAACCCGCCUCUCGGUACAGAAGCUGAAACCACAGGACCCAAGUCGGUCACAUCCAGUCCCUCUUCCUCCCAAUAA